AUGGAAGAAGCCAGACAACGUAUACCAGAGUCUCUUUUACGUCUAGCGGGCUCGAGAUCCGAACCACGCAACCGACGGAGGCGCGGAAGAAGGAGGUCAAGACCGCUUCGUAGGUCCAAAUCUAGGUCACGAUCCAGACAUCGUGAUGAAAGGAAUAGAUCCCAGGAGCGAGGUCGUGGUCGUGAUUUAGAUUUGAAAAGAAGGCGUCAUGCACGGCGGGAGUCAAGGUCACGUCGCAUUCAGUCCCUAGGCCUAUUCGGAACGGUAGAAUGGAGCGCAGUGACAAUCGAAGGGACAUCAGGCGUCGCUCGACCUCGGACCGCUCGCGCAGUCGUAGCCAUCGCCAACGCAGUGAAAGCAGUCGGUCUGUCUGUAGGUCGAGCGGGAGGCACUCACGCGAUCAUUCGUCAUCUAGUCGCUCGAGUUCCCGUUCCAUCUCACGUGACCGGACCAAUAAUCGAGAUUGUUCUCGAUCCAGGUCUUACUCUUCUGCAGACAAUCCCAGAAGAAGACAUGCAAAAUCAAGAUCAGCAUCCCAAUACAGACGUCGGGAAAGGGGCUCCGGUUGUAAACGGAGAAAAUCCAGCUCAUCGCAGGACUCUGAUGCCUACGAAAGGCCCCUAA